GGCGAGGGGCAACGUCGGGAGCGGAGGAACUGCUGGGCCUCGGGACGAAAGAGGGCAGCCAGCCGAGCCCGCCACGGCCCCGCAUUCCGGAAAGUCUCCGCGCCCCAGCCCUUCCCAGGCCUCCCUGCCCCCACAUGAGUCACAGGGGAGGCUGCUGCUGCUGCUGCUACUUAGUAAUUUGGGAAAGUAACUCUUUCCUCCUUUCCGUUCCCUCCCCCGCAGCACACAAGGAGGCGACUGUUCGAGGCAGGGGGAGGGGAGGAGAGUGGCACCAGAGCACGCCACCCGGAGAAACCCUAAACCGGGGAGGCCGGCGGUCCCCAGCCUCGCUCCUGCCUCGGACCACGCUUCCUCUCCCCUCCCAGCACCCACCUCCAGCCACCACUCCGCUCCCAGGCUCCCGGCCUGCAUUCCCUCCCCACCCCAGGGCAGAGAAAACAGCCGAGACCCGCGAGGGGCCACGCGGGUGGGUACAGUAGGCCCCACAGGCCGCGUCCUCGUGGAAAAGCACACAAAUUCCGCCAAGAGUCGAAGCAGAACCUCCAGCACGCCAUGUGACCACGGCGGGCCUGCUACCCUUGACACAAAGGGAACGCAGGGACGCGCCUUCGGAGUCCCCGGGGAGAGGGGGAGUCGGCGCCAGGGAACGACACCAGCUCACAACCAGGGCUGCCAACUCCAACGCUCUCGCUGCCCACGGCCCACCGGGUCGCCCUCCCCUCGUCCGCCAAAACGACCCCACCUCACCUGGCUCCAGGUUCCUGUACCCCCAGGGGACGGCCGAAAAGGGGGCACACGGCACCCUCGCCCCUUUGCCCUCCAAUGGCGCCGACCCCAGUUCGGUGGGACAGCCCGAAGAACCACACGUUCCGGCACACUGUCUUCUGCCAGGACCGGGAGCCCAGCAUUGGGCUGUCUGAGAGCUACGAUGAAGACCAGCUGUUCUCCUACGACUUCCAGCAGAACAGCAGGGUGCCCCGGCUGCCUGACUUUGCCCAGUGGGCUCAGGAACAGGGAGAUGCUGCCGCCAUUUCAUUUGACAAAGACUUCUGCCAGCUUCUGGUCCGGGAAGUGAGCCCAGAGGCUGAAGGGCAAAUCCCAGUGUCCAGAGGCUUGCCGAUAGCUGAGGUGUUCACACUGAAGCCCCUGGAGUACGGCAAGCCCAACACGCUGGUCUGCUUCAUCAGCAACCUCUUCCCACCCACCCUGACGGUGACCUGGGAGCACCGUUCCGCCCCCGUGGAGGGAGCCAGCCCCACGACCAUCUCGGCCAUCGACGGACUCACUUUCCAGGCCUUCUCUUACUUAAACUUCACACCGGAGCCCUUUGACCUUUACGCUUGCAUCGUGACCCACGAGAUUGACCGUUACACAGCAAUCGCCUUUUGGGUGCCCCAGAAUGCCCUGCCUUCGGAUCUCCUAGAGAAUGUACUGUGUGGUAUGGCCUUCGGCUUAGGUGUCCUGGGUAUCAUCGUGGGCACUGCCUUCUUCGUCCACUCCUGGAGACCUUGCUCAGGUGGCUGACUCUGCCAGAGCUUGGGGGACAGCGCUGGUGUCUGUGCCUACCCAGGGUCUCUCCUCCGCACAGAGGUCCCUGGGAUUCCUCGGGGUGUGUGCCGGUGUUCAGGGGACUCCGCUGAGGUUCUGCUGUCCCUGGACUUGCCUCCAGAAGAGCUUGAUCAGGAGCCCAGGACACCAGCCUGCCACCACCUCACACCUUCUCUCUUCCAGGAAAUAAACCUUAUUUCUUAA